CAUCUCGUAAAAGUGAGGCUUUUCAAACCUGAUUCCAACAACGACUUUCAAAGUGACCCAAGAAAACAGUGCCUGAAAAGUGUAACUGAUAUUUCUGCAAAAGUGAGAUAGAUCAUAUCUCAUAAGAAAUUAUAUAUCGUCGACAAAAAUAACAUACAUUUCUCAUAAUGAGUGCAAUCAUUCGAGCUCCAAUGUUGAUCUUGGGCGUAAUAUCCACAAUCUCAUUAGUGCAACCAGCUCCCACCAUUGUACAAAUCCCACAGCCGCCCCCGGGUCAGAACGUGUUUGUACCUCCGGAUAUCAAAUAUUGGGCCUAUGGCAAGAUCAACACCACCGUCAUCGACAACCUGGGGUUGCCUUGGUAUUGCUAUACCCAUCGUCAGACCCAUUGUAUGCCCCUCUUCCAAAAGCCACCCAAUUUCCAGACCACCCGACGGCCUUAUGGUUUGGCCAUCAAUCAAGAGGGCAUCCUACAGCCUAGUGAUAUUCAACCUGAGCAGGAUGAAAACGCUUUGAAUCCAAAGCAUCGAUCAGAAGAGUCCAGUGAGAUGCAAUUGCAAAUAACUGACCCUCUUUCCAAUGGUGCAGUUUCCGAGCCAAGUCAAGACUUGAUACCUCACACCAAACCAGACGAGAUCCAGAGCUCUACUGAAAGCACUAGCAUUUCAUUGGAGGACCGUCUAUAUGGCACAACGCUGAAUUAUCGUGAUGGUGUUACUGAACAAAGUGUCACUUCAGAGCAUCCAAUUGAAAUCUCAGAGAACGUAGAGGGAAAUGACUCAACAUCUGACAUUAACCGGGAUCCACCCAAUAACUCCAAACUUUCGGAGGAUGAAAGCUCAACGGAACCAAUUGGCAUAUACAACGAUUUGGAUAAGGUUACGGAGCAGGGAACAACCCCUCCCAAUAUUGCAGAGGUUUCGCUCAAUGCUCCUGAAGAUCCAGAUGAUCAAAUUCAAUUCCCUCUAGACUACAACACAGUCGACGAUUUAUCAGGAUUGGACUUUGGUGGUAUAAACUCAGUUCCGCAAGCCACGUAUAAAAUCGUUGAUGCGAAUGGAACAACUGUGCUUCAAGUAAAGGCCAAUAAAGAGGAGGAUGACGCCGAUUUGGAAGCAGAAACCACAACGAUAAAAGAUCUCGGAGCCAUCAUAUUUGGGACUGCGAGUAACAGUCUCCAGUUUCCGGAUGACACGGGCAAUGUUAACAUCUUAGGAGAACAAAGUAGGUCAAGGAGCAUCAAAGAGGGUCCUUUGAUAAAUCAGAACUUACAAAGCAUUACCAAGAACACUUUGACAAACCAGGAUUCAUCGAACGCAUCAGCUGUGGAGCCCAGUGGGGUUUUCUUUCCCGUGGAAAAGGUACGGCCAGCUUCCGACCAAAGUGAAAAUAAAAACAAGAGUGGGAAACAACCAAGAAUGAUUGACGGAUUUCUUAUUCAUGCCGCUCCGAAUACUAUUAACCAGUCUCAAGAGAGUGUAAUUGCCGAUGGCAUCCGCAUUGACGACGAUUCAAAGGCAACAUCGACCAUAAAAAACGAAAGGCCGAAGGCGCCUGGAAAUAUCGUCCCUGAUCAAACAACUGUUGCACUAGAUACCGAAAUACUGAGUACGAGUACUACCGGAUCGGCUCCAGAAGGGGUUUUGGAAUCAGAAGGCUCCGAAAAUCAGGGUUUUACUAUUAGCUUCAUAGCAGAUAUUGAGGAGCCAAGUACAAAUCUUCCAAAUUACAAUUUCGAAGACCACGUUAAUAACACAUCACCACGUGAAGACAAUAGUCAAAAUGAUACGAAUGAAGUGCCUGGGCAAGAUUUAGAUGAACAGAAACAUGGUAUCAAGAGUGGCCCUAAAACAAUUCCCGAAAUUGAAAUUACUCAAGCCUCUUUGGAUAACACUCUUAAGCCGAGAACAGAGGAAAACAGCCUUGUCUUUGAGUAUGAGAGAACUGAAGAAACCAAAUUCGACAGUUUGGAUGAAAAUCUAAAUGUAGCCACAGAUUUGCCAAGCGAAGUCUCAACUGAUAUCUCAGAAGCUCGGGUUGACUCCCACACCACAGACCAAAUCGGCCAAGAUAUAACGUUGGCAUCAUCUUUACAGACUACACCAAGAAGUCAAAUAUCGUCUUCUUUCGAUUCUGGUACGCCAAGGCCCACAAUUAGUACGCAGGUUUUGGGCCUAGAACAAGCUAAUGAAGAAACCACUAUACAGUCUGCCAACGCCAAUGAAGAAUCAUCUUCACUUGAAACAACCAAGUUAUACAAUAUACCUACAAGUAGUGAAUCAUCGCCCUUUGAAAGAGCGACUACAAUAGAAUCUGCAACCAAUACUACGGAUCCUCUUACGUCACCACAAGAGAAAACAGAGCCAUCCUUCGAUGUACUGGGAAACAGUACAGAUGAGCUUUUGAAUCGAGUAUUGAAUAUCUUAAGUCAAAAUCAAACUCAAACCAAUGUCACCAUUCCUCAGAUAAACGAAAAUAUGGAAACUACCACAGACCCGUCCAUUUUAGAUGAGGAAUCCCUCAUGCAAAGGAAUCGAAAUCCAAAGCAGUCUGGUCCGAAUUGUAAAAGCUGCAACAUUGCCAUUCAGUUUUCCCGUCCUGAGAACGUGGAAAAAAAUGAAAUCAACCAAGACAUUGUGAUUCUACCAGGGGAUCAGGGAUACCACUGGAAAUAUGAGGUCGAUGACGAACUCAUCCAGGCUACAACCGCUUCAUUUGAUAUAAGAAUAUUCGGCGGACCUGACAACGGCAUUGAUUCAACGACCACGACAAAACCCAUGAUGCCUCUGUCGAACCAAAAUGAGGGAACAUUAACUAUCGUCGAUGAGCCGGUGGAUGUUUUCAAUACAACCACGUCCUCAUCGUUUAUCACGUUGCCUGAUGUAUUUUCGUCCUCAAUUGAGAUUGGAACUGGUCCUUCCCUUGAUGAAACAACUCCACAAGACGAAGACAUUGAAUCGAAUGUCACGGACGAACAAAUUGAUACGCUGGAGACGACACAAGAAACCAUUGAUUUUAGCACUACCACAACCUCGAGUGAGAUUGAUUUCGUUGACGAGAUGCUCGACAAAACGACAACUCAUGCCUCAGAUGUCACAAACACUAGCACAGGAUCAUCUAUCAACGUCAACGCUUCGAUUUUCAUUGAAGAAAUCACCACCACUGCCAUGUCAAUUGAAGACAGCACUUCCGUUCCUACACCGUUGGAAACCAGCGAAGACAACACUUCCACAAUCGCCGCGUUCGAAACCAUUGAAAAUACUGCUAGCACUCUUGAACCGUUCAACCCCGUUGAAGAAAACGCUGAAACAACCAAACUUUCGAGCACAACAGUAUCGUUUGCCACGUCGGAACCUGUAAUCAACUCCACUGCCCAACCUCGACUUGAUCCAGACGACCUUUUGAACUCCCUUCUUUUCGACGUGGGCGAUGUCAUUUCCAAUCAAAUCAGUAGCGACAUCAGCCCUCUUUCCCCCCUAGUACCUGAAGAUACUCCGGUUUUGGCACCGGCUUACACGGUCUUUGGUGAGAAAUGCAAUGGCACGUGUGAAGACCGUGGCUAUUCUUAUACCUGGUGCUACAAGCUGCAGCCUAGCAACAUUGGGACCUGGCGCGAUUCUGAUUAUUGUUCCAAUCACCUAGGGAUCACACCCUAUGGAGAGUCUUGUAUUGAUGGUUGUGAGAAACGGAGCUAUGACUACUAUUGGUGCCAUAAGAGCACUUUGUGGGGAUAUUGCGUACCCGAUCAUCUCUUGCAAAUGGCAAAUACUUGGAAGACACUCUUCGGUGAGCAACCCUUGUAUGCGAGAGAGUUCAUGGAUACGCAACCCGCUCCAUCGUACACGAUUUACGGCAAACUCUGCCAGGAUCAAUGCCAAGCCCGAGAAGAGGAUUUUACAUACUGCGCGAAAGCCAAUCCCAGGGAUCUAGGAACCUGGCACCUUAAGGAUUAUUGCACCAAUAACUCAACCACGGAAGUCACUCAUGAAGGAAUCAAGUGCAAUGACGAUUGUUUACGGCGGGGUUCCGCCUACUUCUGGUGCCACACCGACAAUGGUUAUGGCUAUUGUACUCCCAAGAUAUUGAUCCAGAAAUCAGGUCGUUUUGCUAUCACAUCGACUACGUCAACUUCCUCAACUACGCCAGGAAUCGGAAAAAAUGAUGUGGAUUAUGAAUACGAAAAUGAAAUUGCUGGGAGCCCCAAUGAACUGAAACCCGAAGCCUUGGCCUUCACCGUGUUUGGUGAACCUUGUUUGGACCCAUGUUCCAAUUACGAGAAUACCUCAUACACGUGGUGUCAUAAGAUUGAAGGCAGUGACACUGGUACUUGGUUUGACCGUAAUUAUUGUACCAAUCGAGCUAAUGUCACUCAAUUCGGGGUGAACUGCUUAGACGAGUGUUCGAAACGAGAUCAGGCCUAUUAUUGGUGUCAUAAAGAAUUGGCUUUAUGGGGGUUUUGUACGCCACAGUUUCUCUUAGACCAAAUACGACAACGGGAUUCAACUUAGCCAAAAAAAGCACACGACUUGUUUCUUUCCAAUUGAGAUGUCAAAUAAACGAAAAAUCUAGA